ACCGACGUCAACAUGACGCAAUGACGCGGUGUCGUCAUCUUACCGGAAGCUGAAGGGGAAAUCAGUGGAGUCGCGUUGGCAUUUCUCUCAGCCGACUCUCGAGCGCAGCAGACACCCAGCCUGUUCGCCGACUUCAGGAACAGGACAUGAUAAGGUCUCCACCAUGGACACAGAGAUGAUGCCGAAAUUCUCCUCGAAAGACGAGGAAAUCGAUUACUGGAAGUGCUUGUCUCUCAAAUACAAGAAGAGUUAUCAUGACGCUCAGGAGGAGCUGCAGGAGUUCCAGGAGGGCAGUCGAGAGCUGGAGGCCGAGCUGGAGGCUCAGCUGGGGCAGGCCGAACACCGCAUCCGAGACCUGCAUUCAGAGAACCAGAGGCUGAAGAGCGAGGUGGACACACUCAAGGAGAAACUGGAGCAGCAGUACGCUCAGAGCUAUAAGCAGAUCUCCAUGCUGGAGGACGACCUGGUCCAAACACGCGGCAUCAAGGAGCAGCUGCACAAAUAUGUCAGGGAGCUGGAGCAGGCCAACGACGACCUGGAGAGAGCGAAGAGGGCCACCAUCACAUCUCUGGAGGACUUUGAACAGAGGUUAAACCAGGCGAUAGAGAGGAACGCCUUCCUGGAGAGCGAACUGGACGAGAAGGAGUCUCUGCUGGUGUCUGUGCAGAGGCUGAAAGAUGAAGCUAGAGAUUUGAGGCAAGAGUUGGCAGUUCGAGAGAGGACUUCAGAUGUUGCCAGGAUGUCGGCCCCCAGCUCUCCCACCCUAGACAUAGACAAGACAGACUCAGCCGUGCAGGCCUCUCUGUCCCUCCCAGCUACGCCUGUAGGGAAGAACAUGGAGCAUCCUUUCAUUGCUUCUAAAGCGCUGACCAAUGGCUGCGGAAGCUCCCCCCUCACACCGUCUGCACGGAUCUCAGCCCUUAACAUCGUCGGUGAUCUUCUGCGGAAAGUUGGGGCUCUAGAGUCUAAACUAGCUGCCUGUAGGAACUUUGCCAAGGACCAGGCCGCAAGGAAAAAUUACGCAACAGGAAAUGGAAACCUCAUCAGCAGCAACGCGACCAAGUUCUCUCAUUCGCUCCACACUACGUAUUUUGACAAGACGAAUAUGAAUGGCCUGGAUCCCGGCGGUCUGACGGCCAUGGCUUCCCCUCGGACCGUGUCUCCUCCCGGCAUGCUCCCUCUCAGCGUGUGAGAGACUUUCCCAGCGACCUCCACACAAGCUCGGACACAAUGUGGAAACAGAGAGGACACUUCAGAGAGAGAGUGUGUGUGUGUGUGUGUGUGUGUGUGAGAGAGAGAGACUGAGAUGACGUGCCUCAAGCGUGUCUGACAGAUACAUGUCAGGCGCGAGGGUCCGUUCCCGUGAGCGCGAGCUUCAGUUGACCUCCGUUAUCACGAGGUCUCACCUAAAGCCAGCAAAACGACAAAGGUCUGAGUCGGGCCGCAGUUCUGUGAGUGUUUCAGCGUGUCGCACAAUUUAAAGGGAUUUUCUUUUGAGGUGGACGUCACUGUAUGCUUGAUCCAAAUGCCAUUGUUUUCAGCUUCAGCAAAGGGUCUAAAUGUGGAGGUCAGCAGAUGUUUUUUUUUUUUUUUUUUUUUUUUUUUACUGGAAUGAAUGCCAAGAAAACUUGUUCAGUAGCAUGGAAACAUCGGCUACCUUAAAAAGCGCUCUAAUGAAUUAUUAACCCAGUUACAUCAGCUGACCGGUCACCAGUUUGCAUGAUGCAACCGCCAUUUUAGGGCUUCAGAAGGUUUGUAUGUACGUUUCUGAAACUGCACUUCAAUAUCCCACACUUAAGUGAUGUUUGCGGUGUCUAGAUUCACGAGUGGUCAUGACCACAAAUACUGUAGCUCUGUGCGGCGUGACCUUCCACACAGAACUUGUCAGUGGUUGUACGAACCUCAUUCCUAUCCCAUGUGCCUCUGCUGGUGAGUUUGGCGUUCACCGUUUAUUUAUUUCAUUCGUGGAACCCAAGCCAACUUUUGCCUAUCACAGUGUUUAAGUUCAGUUCAUUUACGCCAAACUUUAACAUGGAGUGUAGGAGCACUUGUUCGUGUUAAUUUCCCUCUAUGAGUCUUUGAUUUCACAGUUAUCAUGCACUUUGUUGGCCGUUUUUUUUUUUUUUUUUUUUGUUGUUGUUGUUGUUGUUGUAUCUCAUGUAUAUAGAUUUAUAAACCUAUAGCAGCGAUGCCCGGUCUGUAGAUAAUAAAAUUGGGCUGAUGUGCUGUUUAAUUUAUUUGAGAAUCUUUAUGGCAUGUUUUGACACAAUGAGUGAAUUUUACAUACUGUGCAUUGGUUUAAAAACAUAUAUUGAGAUGUAAAAUUGGUUGUCUAAUAUGUGCAAAUAAAUAAAGGGAAAAAUGAG